AUGUCGACCGAAGGUAUGGAAGUAGACAAGCAGUCAGAGGUCAAGUCAGCGGCAGGCGAUCUCACCGCUCACGUUCUCGGGGAAGCGACCGACGCGACAGAGAUAGAGACAGAGACAGGCAUUACUCUGAGCACCGCGAUCGUGGUGACAAAGACAGAGACCGUCGCAGGUCAGACCGGGACAGAGAUCGCUCGAGGGACCGCAGACAUCGAGACGACGACAGAUAUCGCGAGAGAAGAGACCGGGAUAGGGACGACAGAGACCGUAGCUAUCGUUCUUCGAGAAACUACAGCCGUGACCGCGACUCGCGCAGGGACGAUGACGACCGCCGCGAAAAGAGAAGACGGGAGGAUGGAGACGAGGGAGCCCCAGAGGGAAAACGUAGGAAAGAAGACCAAGCCGAUUCGCCCAACAGGAGUGAGCGGCGGGAUCAGUCGAGGGACUCUGACAGGAGGAGACGUGACAGGCAUCAAGAUUCCGGGCGUCGUGACUAUGAUCGUCGUCCAAGGUAUCCGUGCUUCUCCCAAAUACGUACCACCUACGGAAGACUUCAACGAAGAAGAAGCGGGAGACUCAGAGCAGCGUUCUGUCUUUGUCACCCAACUCGCAGCUCGCCUAACUGCACGCGACCUAGGCUACUUUUUCGAGGAAAAGCUGGGUGAUGGCGCCGUUCGUGACGCACGUAUAGUCACAGAUCGCUUAUCCAGACGUUCGAAGGGCAUUGGCUACGUUGAGCUGCGUAGUUUGGAUCUCGUCUCGAAGGCUAUUGCUCUCACAGGAACUGUCGUCAUGGGUCUUCCAAUCAAAGUUCAGCUCACCGAAGCCGAGCGUAAUCGUAUUCAUUCCGGAGAUCUCCUGAAUCUUCCGCCUGGAGUCACAGCAACCUCGCACGGACCUAUGCAGCUUUAUGUUGGUUCUCUCCAUUUCCAGCUCACCGAAGAAGAGAUCAAGCAGGUUUUCGAGCCGUUUGGCGAACUUGAAUUCGUUGAUCUUCAUAGGGAUCCAGCCACGGGGCGCAGCAAAGGUUAUUGUUUCAUUCAGUAUCGUCGUCCUGAGGACGCCAAGAUGGCGCUCGAGCAAAUGGACGGAUUUGAGCUGGCCGGUCGCCAGCUCCGAGUCAACACUGUACACGAAAAGGGUGUUGCGGCUCCUGGAGGUGUCGGCAUGAGCUUGCGUGCGAUGGGAAACACUGCUGAAUCCCUUGAUGAAGGAGGCGGUAACCUGAACGCCGUGUCCCGACAGGCGCUGAUGCAAAAGCUUGCUAGAACGAAUGAGCCACAGAUUCCCCUUCCAGUGUCCGGGCCGAAAAUCAAUAUCAAGUCACAGGAAACGAGAUGUAUCCUACUCAAGAAUGCGUUUGAUCCUGCUGAGGAAACUGAUCCAGAUUGGGACAAGAACCUGCAAGAAGAUGUUGUUGCUGAAUGUGAAUCUAAAUUCCAGGGCCGUGUCGAAAAAAUUGUGGUUGAAAAGGACUCCAAGGGCGAGAUUUAUAUCCAAUGCGAUUCGAUCGAUAUGGCCAAGCGUGCGGUUGCCAAUUUGGACGGCCGCUGGUUUGGUGGUCGCCAGAUUAGUGCCUCGUACAUCUCAGAUGCAAUCAUGAGAGCUCACGGCAAGGAUAGAAUGAACUAUAACCUUACGAUUCUCAAAAGUCUAUCGUCACUCAGUGGUCCAUAUAGUGACAACCAAGAAAUCCUGAGGGCAUACCUCCAACUCGCGCCUGCAUAUUUGCUGCUGGACGGCUCACACAAGACAGAUCCAGAGACUGGAGUGUCCCAAUGGGCGAUGGGUUUUGACCGAAUUAUGGAUGUCCUCGCUGCGCUCCAUGCGAGCUCGCAACUCGAGCUUUUGACCGUCGAGGCGGUCCGCAACGCGCUCGCCGAGUGCUGGAGCUCCAGCGAAUCGAUAUCUCCGACUACGGUGGUACAAGAGAAGAUCAAGGCGCUCGCUGGGCGGCUGCGGCGACUUAUGGACGACCCAGAGGCGAGUCGCCUUUGCUUUCGGUCACAGCCGAUGGAUCUCGACUUUCUACACUGA